UGUGAGACCAGCAGCCAGAAGAGCAGGAAGAAAGAAGGAGGAGGGAGAGGAUUCAGAGCGAGACAAACAGUGUGGCUGCAGUCAGGAGACACAAACGGAGAGAGAGGAGGAGAUACGGAGAGAAGCGAAGGUUUCCCCUCCUCACCUCACUGACCCAUGAAAGAAGCCAUGCCGGUUCUCACAGCAGGAGCGGGGCUACAUGAAACGUUGGCCCUGCUGACCUCUCAGCUGCGGCCAGAUGCCAACCACAAAGAGGACAUGGUGUUCCUAAAAGAUGUCUUCAGUGAGAGGAGUUUGGGAUACCUGAUGAAGAUUCACGAGAAGCUGAGACAGUAUGAGAGACAGAGCCCAACACCCGUCCUCCACAGUGCUUCCUCUCUGGCAGAGGAUGUGGCAGAGGAGCUACAGAGUGGUUCGAUGAGCACAGAGGAGAAGGAGCUGCUGAAUUUGCUACUUUCCCCUCAUCUUAAGGCUGUUCUGUCAGUGCAUGACACUGUAGCUCAGAAGAACUUUGACCCUGUUCUGCCACCGCUGCCGGACGACUUCGAGGACGAUCUGGAAGAGGAGUCUGUAAAGAUUGUCAGGCUGGUAAAGAACAAGGAACCUCUGGGAGCCACCAUCAGGCGUGACGAAGCCACUGGAGCAGUGAUAGUGGCUCGGAUAAUGAGGGGAGGUGCAGCUGAUCGAAGUGGUUUGGUGCAUGUAGGAGAUGAGCUGAGGGAGGUGAACGGGGUCUCUGUGAUCCACAAGAGGCCUGAUGAGAUCAGUCAGUUGUUGUCCCAGUCCCAGGGCUCCAUCACUCUAAAGAUAAUCCCCGCUAUUAAAGAGGAGGACCGGCUGAAGGAGAGCAAGGUGUACAUGAGAGCCUUGUUUGACUACAUCCCCUUGGAAGACAAGGCCACACCCUGCCAGGAGGCGGGACUUCCUUUUAAACGGGGAGACAUCCUGCAGGUCGUGACGCAGGAUGACCCCACUUGGUGGCAGGCCAAGCGCGUGGGAGACAGCAACCUGCGUGCUGGACUCAUCCCAUCCAAACAGUUUCAGGAGAGGCGACUGGCCUACAGGAUGAAAAUGGGCACACUCCCGAAUCCAAAAUCCCCUAAAAAGUCUCUCUAUGAUCCAGGAUGUGAUAAAGAGGACUGUGACUGUGAGGGCUAUUUCAAUGGACAGUACAUAGCUGGUUUGCGGAGGAGUUUCCGCCUGAGUCGUAAAGACAGGCAGGGAUCAUCAGGAGAGGGUUCUGAUCCUGGAGAAUCAGAGUUCCUGACCUAUGAGGAGGUGACCCGCUAUCAGCAGAGGCCAAAUGAAAGGCCCCGCUUGGUGGUUCUGAUUGGUUCUCUUGGAGCAAGAAUUAAUGAACUCAAACAGAGGGUGAUUGCUGAAAACCCACAUCGUUAUGCAGUAGCUGUACCGCAUACAACCAGACCCAAGAAGCCGCAUGAGAAGGACGGUGUAGAGUACCACUUUGUCACCAAGCAGCAGUUUGAUGCAGAUGUUUUGAACAACAAGUUCAUAGAGCACGGUGAAUACAAGGAGAACCAAUACGGCACCAGCAUUGAGGCUAUCCGCUCUGUGCAAGCCAAGAAUAAGAUGUGUAUAGUAGAUGUGCAGCCUGAGGCUCUGAAGAGGCUACGAACAUCGGAGUUCAAGCCUUAUGUGAUAUUCGUCAAGCCUCGUGUUCCUGAGAGCAGACGUCGUCGCAGUGCAGCCACCUCACCAGGAGGGGGCGAGCAUGGCCGCGUUACAGAUGAAGACCUCCAGGAGAUGCGUCAGUCUGCCAUUCAGAUCGAUCAGCAGUAUGGACACCUAGUGGACCGUGUCCUGAUCAAGGAGGACUCGGCCAGUGCUUGUGCAGAGCUGCGAGGUAUUUUGGAGAGGCUGGAGCGAGAGUCCUUCUGGGUGCCUAUCAGCUGGGUGCGGACCUAAGCUUACCAACGCACUCCACAAAUCGUUCCAGAAGAACUUCACAGUCUGUUCACCAAACCCUGCACUGGUCCUCUCCCAGAGAGCUGAUAUUCUUUCCUUCUCUAAAGGCCUGCUGGCCAGCCUUGGAGUCUGCUGAACUUCCUCUGCAUAGUCCUCUGAAUGCUACAGGGCUGGUCAGUCAGCCAAAAAUCGAGGCACCAAAGGGAGAGAAUGAUGUCAGAGGAAUACCUCAGUUUUAAAGCAGGUUGGUUAAUUAGCCCAAAAGUCACAGUCUUACUUCCUCAAACAAUCACUACUUUGUCUUGUCAUAUUUAUUCAGGUCUUGAUUUCAAUUUAUUUACUUCAAAGACAAGGAUGGAAAUUGUAGUUUUAAAAGGUUGGUACUGCUCUCUUUUUUUUAAAUAGUCCCAUAUUUUUUCAACAGUUUCUCCAAAAGUUUUCCACAGUUUAGACUGGCAAAAACAAAACAAAACCCCCCAGAAAACAGUUUAUUAUAUUUCAGCUACAUAAUAGAUCAAAAAAUGUAUGUAUUCGUUAAGUAAGGAAAGAGUUUACAGAGUUAAGGAAAGCAAAGUUUUCUCUUGUGCAGAAAUAAACCUUCAGGAAAAUUGGAUGUUAAGCAGAAAAUAUAGAUUUAUAUAGAGGCAACCUUCCAAACAGUUAUUUUGGCCCCCGAGCCUAAAGGUUUACACUCUUACAGUGAAUUAUUUUUAUAGCCCCUUCUACAUUUACUUUUCCUUCCUCUUAAGUUGGAUAAAUGAAGCUUGCUGCCCACAAGGCUUCCACAGAUAGAAAACAGAAGAAGCCCCGGCAGAUAAUUAGGUGGAUCACAGCUCUACUGUGUAUGACCUCUUAAGAUCUGACUGUCUUAAAAAUAGUAACGAUAAUGAUGAUUUCUUAGAAAGACUGAAAACACGCUUGAUUAGAUGGGACAUGUCUGCGCUGUGUGUCAAGAAUGGUUUAAGUUGGGUUGAAAUGAUUACAUUUUAGCAGUUAUGUUUAAAUGAUAGAGUAUGAUUUAUCUUGUAGUUCAUUGUGAGGCUGAAAUACAAAAAAAUAAUUCCCAGCACAGGUGACAAUUACAAAUAGACAUGCAAGUUAAUAACAGGUGGCAGAAACAAAUGAAUGUUUAUCUUUCACAAAUGAAUCUUUGAUGCCUGGCACUUCAAAAUUAAACUGCAGUUUUAAUAAAAGUGAUGAAUACUGAUAUCAGCCAAUAAACUUUUUCAUCUUGAACAAAAUGCAUAGUUUCUCAUUAACUGCAGCUCCAUUUUCCUUACAAUUUGAGCCAAAGUACCUGGUGAAAUGUUCUGGUAAUUUAUAGCAAACUAGUUGAAAAUAUGGGACUCGUUAAAAAAAAGCACAGCCCAAAUGUUUUACUCCUCAGACUAUUGCACUCUAGCUGAGUGUGUCAGGUUUGAUCUCCCACUCAGAGGAUUGCUCAGUCAGUCAGUUUAUUGUGACUCCUGUUGGAGUACCUUUUGGUAGCAUGUUUCUUAAUUUCAAAGCUUUAUUCAACUCAAUGCCAGUUGCAGAAUGCUUCCUGUUUAUUCCUACUGCUCAUGCAUCAUGUAAAGUAUAAUCACACAGUGAACAGAACAGAAUAAAUACACGCAGAGUUAAGUGACUGUCAUUUGACACUAAUGCAUUCUUUUCACGCAAACAAAAACAAAACAAAAUAAUCAAAUGGAAUGUGAAAAAAAUAUUUUCUACAAGAGUUUGUUUUUAAGAAAUGCAUGAAAAAAACUGAUCAUUUAACCGCAGUUGUAAAUACUGUAAAAGUGACUCCUUUUGUGCCAACGAAAGAUCUCGUAGCACUUCAAUGCAACCUGUUUACCUUGGAUCCCUGGGAACCCACAUGAGUUUGUGUGUAAAAUGAUGUUGUGCACAAAGUCUGUGUGGAUGGAUGUCAGAGUGUGUUUACAUGCAUCAAUCUGUAAUGCUCCUUUACAUGCAGAAAUGGAUUUUGUAGAGUUUUCUUGCAGAUAUCUGUAUUUUUGACUGCAGAAGUGAUGAGUACUCGUUUGUUUUUUCAUUACUGUUGUAAUGUCGCGCUGAAAGACACUGUGUCCGGAAAAUCUGAAUUAGAACUGAACCAGUUUUUUUUUAUUGAGUCAGAAAAUAAGCAGGCUAGCCACCAUUUCACCUACUUUACUAUGAUGUCAUUUUCUACUUCAUCUGCUUAAGUCAUACAAAUCUGAAUUUGACAUUUCACAUAUCAAUAUUUUAUAUAUCAUACUUUGAGCUCUUCCAAUAUAAAGACCCACCACUAACAUGGUGAAGUCUAAAAUGGAUUUAAUCAGAACGUCAAUAAAAGAAAAGGGUCAAGUUAUUAUUUUAAUUACCAGCACUCAUUAUUUCUCAGCUGUACUUUAACAUUUUCCCUCCACUGGCUGUGAAAACAUCUAGCCCAGUUUUUAAUAGGCAAAAGCAAAAUUAAAUUACGAAGUCUUCCAAAGUAAAUUUUCGUAUAAAAUUACCUCAGCUUACAAUGAUUUCUGGUAAAACACAAGGCAACUUUGUAAAAGAAAUACUUCAGUUAGCUAACUAAGAGGACCCAGAACCACAGACUGUACAUAAAAGAUAGACAUAGCCACUGACAGGCAAAGCGAUGAAUCUGACUGAGAACACUAAAGCUUAAAUUCUAUCAUGUUUCUUCUUUUUUAAUUCAAAUGUGACCCUAAUCUACAAAAAUGAACAUAAAGAUGUGUUAAUGAAAAUCUGAAACUAACGAUUGAGAGUAUUUAGUAAUAUGAAAACUGUUAAAAGCUAUUAAAUAAAAGAGAACGGGGCAGUUUUAUUUGAACUCUAUUGUUCCUCCUCCUUACCAUUAGAAAGCAUUCAGGCUCUUUCUCAUUGACUUUAGUUUUUAAAGUUGACGGGCUAUGUCCAUCAUUUUAUACAGACUCUAUAGACGCAAAACAAUUUUCACUAGAAGGAGAACCAGUGUACAGAAGGGGAAUAACACCCAAGAGGUAUUUGUAUCAUUCUAAGACAGGCCUGAAAAACAUCAACCUGUCCUUAAAUGACACAAAAUCAGAAACUCAGACUGUAUCUCACCGGUGAUUACAAAAAGAAAUGACUGGUUGGAGAAAAUUUCAGAUAAACUGUCACUGCUAGACUGGGAUUUGAUUGAAUUUAAGUGUCUGUAUGUGUGGUAAAAUACUAAGCAGCUUCCAGAACCCUUCUGUCGUUUUUUUAUGCAAUGAAAUAAUGUUCUUGAUUGUUUUAUGUGCUAUAUGAACCAAGAGUUUGUAUCCUGACAUGUACA